CGGGCGGCGGGGACGCGGGGGGCCCGGCGCGGCCAGGCGCGGUCGAGGACCUACCAUGAACUCCAAGAAGAGAGGGAGCCCCGCGCGGACUCAUUCCAUGAUGUCCCUGUCGGUGCGGCCACAGCGCCGCCUGCUCAGCGCCCGGGUCAGUAGGAGCCAGUCCUUCGCAGGCGUCCUCGGCAGCCACGAGCGCGGGCCCAGGACCUCUAGGGUCUUCAGCCCACCAGGGCCCCCACGGAAGACCCUAACACUCUCUCGAGUGUCCAGGAUGUUCUCUGUGGCUCAUGCGGCCCCCAAAGUCCCACAGCCUGAGCGGCUGGAUCUGGUGUAUGCUGCUCUUAAGCGAGGCCUGACAGCCUACUUGGAAGUGCACCAGCAGGAGCAGGAGAAACUCCAGGGGCAGAUAAAGGAGUCCAAGAGGAAUUCCCGCUUGGGUUUCUUGUAUGACCUGGACAAGCAAGUCAAGUCCAUUGAACGCUUCCUGAGACGAUUGGAGUUCCAUGCCAGCAAGAUCGAUGAAUUGUAUGAGGCAUACUGUGUCCAGCGGCGUCUCCGCGAUGGUGCCUACAACAUGGUUCGAGCCUAUAGCACUGGGUCCCCAGGAAGCAGAGAGGCCCGGGACAGCCUGGCUGAGGCCACUCGGGGGCAUCGAGAAUAUACAGAGAGCAUGUGUCUGCUGGAGAGUGAGCUAGAGGCACAGCUGGGAGAGUUUCAUCUCCGGAUGAAAGGGCUAGCUGGCUUUGCAAGGCUGUGUGUCGGUGAUCAGUAUGAGAUCUGCAUGAAAUAUGGCCGUCAGCGCUGGAAACUGCGAGGCCGUAUUGAGAGUAGUGGAAAACAGGUUUGGGACAGCGAAGAAACCAUCUUUCUUCCUCUGCUCACAGAAUUCCUGUCCAUUAAGGUGACAGAACUGAAGGGCCUGGCCAACCAUGUAGUUGUGGGAAGUGUCUCCUGUGAAACCAAGGACCUGUUUGCUGCCCUGCCUCAGGUUGUGGCUGUGGACAUCAACGACCUUGGCACCAUCAAGCUCAGCCUAGAAGUCAUAUGGAGCCCCUUUGAUAAGGAUGACCAGCCCUCAGCUGCCUCAACUGUCAACAAAGCUUCCAAUGUUACCAAGCGCUUCUCUACCUACAGCCAGAGCCCACCAGACACCCCUUCGCUUCGGGAACAGGCCUUUUAUAACAUGCUUCGGCGGCAGGAGGAUCUGGAAAAUGGGACAGCAUGGUCUUUGUCAUCUGAAUCUUCAGACGACUCAUCCAGUCCACAGCUCUCAGGCACUGCCCGCCACUCAUCAAUCCCGAGGCCUCUGGUGCAGCAGCCUGAGCCCCUGCCCAUUCAAGUUGCCUUCCGCAAGCCUGAGAAGCCCCGUUCUGGGCCCGUGGAUGAGGAGGGAGCUGUGGCUCCAGCCUUGGCCAAUGGGCAUGCUCCCUACAGUCGGACCUUGAGCCACAUCAGUGAGGCCAGUGUUGAUGCUGCCUUGGCUGAGGCUUCAGUGGAAGCUACGGGCUCAGAGAGCCUGGUCCCAAGACCUAGCCUGCCUAUAUGCCCAAAUCCCACCCAUGGGGAGCACCCUACUAAUACUCCACCUGCUCGAGACACUUGCCAUUCUGCCACAAGCCUCACCCUCAACACACCCAGUCCUGCCCCCACAUCUAUGGACCAUGCACCAUCUGCACAUCCUGACUCAGUUGAUAAGACCACAAACUCUGGCCCUUCUGGGCCGGGAAGCCCAAACACCACUAUAAGCUCCACCCAUAGUGCCAUAAGCCCUGUUAACAGUAUUCAAAACCUCACUUCCAUUACUAGAGGUUCUGUACACAAGCCUGUGCUUUCUACCCUCACUACUAUAAGCCCUAUCUCUGAUACUACAGGCCAAUCCCAGCUCAUCACAAGCCCUACCUACACUAUACCAAGCCUCACACAUACCACCACAAAUAUCACCCAUACUACUGCAAGUCCCACCCAUGCUACCCUAAACUGUACCCAUACCACUAUAUGCCCCACCCACACUACUCCAAGACCCACCCAUACCACUGCAAACCUCACACCUACAACUUCCACCCAUACCACUGCAAGCCCAACUCCUACAAACCCCACUCAUACCACUGCAAGCACCACUCCUACAAGCCCUACCCAUACCACUGUAAGCCCCACUCCCGCAAGCCCCACCCACAAAGCAAGAAUGUCAACUAACGCAAGUCCUACCCCCAAUGCUAUGAACCAAGUCCAAACCACCCCAAGUCCCACUCUUACAACUGUAAGCCCUUCCUCCUCUCCGGACCUUGAGGUGUUCUCCAGUCCCUCUGGAGAUGUCACACUCCCCAUCACCAAACCCCUGCCCUGCAACAACCCAGCCUUGGCUCCUUGUAUUCAGGCAGACCCUGUAGUACCCAGUACCUCCUUCCAGAGUCAUGCCUGUUCUGACUGGAAACCCCUCACAAACCCUGACCCAGACCCUCCAGAGCCCAACCUUAAGAGUUUAAGCCCUCCUCACUCACCCGUAGCCUCUGCACCCCAACAUUCAGAACUUAAUUUGGCCACAGCUACUCAAGUUCCAGCCCCAGUAACAACUGGAGGAGCUGGAGACAGGAGGCUGGAGGAAGCCCUGGGCACCCUAAUGUCUGCCCUGGACGACUAUCGUGGCCAGUUUCCUGAGCUCCAGGGCCUGGAGCAAGAGGUCACUCGGCUGGAGAGUCUGCUCAUGCAGAAACAAGGCAUGACUCGCAGCCGGGCCUCCAGUCUCAGCAUCACUGUGGAGCAUGCUUUGGAGAGCUUCAGCUUCCUCAACGAAGAUGAGGAUGAAGACAAGGAUGGGCCAGGGGACAGGCCCCCAAGCAAUCCAGAGGCUAGGACUGAGGACAGCCUAGACUCACCCAGUGCUCACCACCUCAGCACAGGGUGUCCAGCUCUGGAUGCUACUUUGGUUCAACAUCUGUACCACUGCAGUCGCCUCCUGCUGAAACUCGGCACAUUUGGGCCCUUGCGCUGCCAGGAAGCAUGGGCCCUAGAACGGCUACUACGGGAAGCCCAUGUACUUGAGGCAGUGUGCAAGCUCAGCAGGCUAUGGGAGACCCCUGUCAUUUCCUCCCAGGAAGUGGUGCAGUUCUCAGCCUCUCGUCCUGGCUUCCUGACCUUCUGGGAUCAGUGUUCAGAGGGACUCAACCCCUUCAUCUGUCCAGUGGAGCGGGUGCUCCUCACCUUCUGCAGCCAGUAUGGAGCCCGUCUCUCUCUGCGUCAGCCAGGCUUGGCUGAGGCUGUAUGUGUAAAGUUCCUGGAGGAUGCCCUGGGGCAGAAACUGCCCAGGAGGCCCCAACCAGGCCCUGGGGAACAGCUCACCAUUUUCCAGUUCUGGAGUUAUUUUGAAGCCUUGGACAGCCCUUCUAUGGAGGCCUACGUGACAGAGACUGCUGAGGAAGUGUUGCUGGUGAGGAAUCUGAACUCUGAUGACCAGGCUGUUGUGCUGAAGGCCCUGAGGUUGGCACCCGAGGGGCGGCUGCGAAAGGAUGGACUUCGGGCCCUCAGCUCCCUGCUUGUCCAUGGCAACAACAAGGUCAUGGCUGCUGUCAGUACACAGCUCCGAAGCUUGUCACUGGGCCCUGUCUUCCGGGAAAGGGCCCUGCUGUGUUUCCUAGACCAGCUUGAGGAUGAAGAUGUGCAGACUCGAGUGGCUGGAUGCCUGGCUCUGGGCUGCAUCAAGGCUCCUGAGGGCAUUGAACCCCUGGUGUACCUGUGCCAAACAGACACAGAAGCUGUAAGAGAAGCUGCCCGGCAAAGUCUGCAGCAGUGUGGGGAAGAAGGACAGUCUGCCCAUCGACGGCUGGAGGAAUCACUGGAUGCCCUACCCCGCAUAUUUGGGCCCAGCAGCAUGGCCAGCACUGCAUUCUGAACUCUACUCACUGGCUCCCAGAGCCCCUUCUUACCACUUUCAGGGCUCACCAGGCACUGGCGGGAGGGUGAGGGCCGGCUCCAGACACCCCUCCCCACAGAUUCCUAUCAAUGAAAAUCUAAUAUAUUCUUCUGUUACCCCUGGGGUUGGUAGAGUCAGUGCCUGCAGUCAAGUGCCUCUCAGCCUCGACUCAGCACAUCCCUCGCUACAAAGUGUCUGGGGCCUGGCCACCUUGCCUCUGCCUCACCACUUCCCUUGGUUUUGUAUUUUAUUUACAGAGUUUUACAGAAAAUAAAAAGCAAAAUGCCUUUCCUACA